AUGAGCUGUGUGGCUUGGGUGGCAUUGGUGCUCUCUGAGCUUGAUUGCUCCGACUCCCGCGUCAUGUCCCAAUUGAAGCCAUUGGAGAAGUUCCUUGACCGAGCAUGGCUUCUGCCCAUGCAUAUUGCAUCUGGAAUGAACAAAGACGAGCAAUCAUUCCGAAACCUCUCUCUGUCGUUCCGCGGGGCUGAGCGGCAAAGCCCUACAGUGCUGCAAAUGGCUUUACGGUUCAGUCGGGUAAUGGAGCGCCAAGCUGACACCAUGGCAGGAAACACAGAGGCGCGCCUCAAGAAGGUCAUCGGGCAGUUCAAUGAGAGCCCAGGACUACAUGUCAAACACCAAAUUGACAGUGACAAAGAGCGUACAAUUUUGAAUUUGCUGAUUGGCACCACCAAGGAAUCAAGAGACAUCAUGAACAAUCACCUCACCUUCACGAAAUGGAAGGAUAGUGCAUUCAGCACAGAGCAGCUACGCACGACACGGUGGCUGCUUGGCGCGCGACCCAAGAACACGGUGGAGAACUACCAGGACAUGUUGACAGUGACCGCGCAAGCCCAGUGCAUGUUGAUGGAGCUCCACAUCAAGUGCUUUACAAAUGCCACACGACGGAUGAAAGCAAGUGCCCGAAAUCGAGCGCGAGCAAAUGCCGAAGAGUUUGACAAGCUUGUGGACUUCGCUUGUGUCUUCUCUUACAUCCGUCAGUGCGCCAAGCGAGCUACUGCCAAGCCUGAUGUUGACGCCAAGCUUCUUUCAGCUUUUCUCUCGAAGGACUACUUCCAAGACAUUGAAGCUGUCAUCGCCUCGCGGAAUCCACAGUUUCGCGUGCAGUCUUUGGUUGUUUGGCAGGACAUUGUGGAGCCACCUGCUUUGCCAACUGUGCUUCAAGGCGAUGAGUCCGCAGAUUUGAUCGCUGCCCAAGAACUGGCAAGCGCGAGCAAGUUCAAUGAGGUGCACAUCAAGCUCACUGCUGACUGCCUUGCCAUGAGCAGGUUCAAUGCGGAGAAAGCGAAGCUCUCCAGCAAGCGCCAUGUAGCCAAAGUUCUUCAUGAGAAAAACCAGCUGGCUACAGGAAAGAAAGUUGUGGAGGACUUUAUGUUGAGCAACUGCUUCAUGGGCCUUGUGGGGGACAUGGUCGUUCCUGCGGAAGUUGACAAGAUCAUCAAAGCGACCCAAGUGAAGCAGCAGGUGGAUCGGGAGACCGUGAAUGUCUUUUGCUUUUCGAAGCUUUGGCUGGCUCAGCUGACAUCGGAGACGCCGCGAGCAAUCGAGGAAAGCGAGUUUGUGGUUCCCAUGGCCUCUGGAGUGUCCUCAGCGGAAGGUCGGCGAAACUAUACAGACCUCCAAGAGACGGCCCAAUGGCUUGGAGGAUUGGAAAUCCCCAAGUGCAUCCUCAAAGACCUCUUGUCAGUGGGCCCUGGUUCUGAGAUGCUGCUUCCAACUGUUGUGGUCAAUGGCAUGCUGUAUGAUGGCUGUGUCGAGCGUGCGUGUUUGGAUCUGGGGCUGCCAUGUGUGAGUCAGACUGACAAGCAAGUCUACUUCAACACAGCGCUGACCAUUACCAAGAACAGGAUCCUGGCCAUGUGGAAGGAUGGUGAGGGUGUGAUGGCUGACAAGCUGCCACGAUAUAGAGCUGAGAUCGACGAAGACACUUUGCCGCGUCCUGUUCAAGAACCGGAGCUCAAAAUUUGCACUUUGCUGGAUGGCACGUUGUCCUUUGGCACUCGUGCUGAGAAUGCGGCUGCCGCAGAGGCUGGUUUGGCAGACGCAGCUGCCCCAAUGCCCCCGAGCUUGGAUUGGGAUACUGCUUUUGCAGGUGAGCCCCGUGAAGCUGCUGCGUGGCAUGCUGCCUAUGAUGGGAAAGUGAAAGGCAAAUUUCAGUGGUGUCCCGAGCUCACAGGCUAUUUGGUGGGAGAUGGUGAUGACAUCACCAAGUUCUUCCUUGAAGCAUCUGCGGACUAUGAAAUCACCGGGCUGGAAUCCAAUGAAGCUUUCCUCACCUAUGGGGCCGGAACCUGGCUCCAGGAUGCGAAAGUUGAUGCCUACCUCGAAGAAUAUCCUCAGGGCAAGGGGGUGUUGUGCAGCUUUACUUCAGACAUGUGCAAUGUUGUGCUCGAGGAAAACAGUCAAGAUUCGACUGUGAAGAAGCUGCGAGAGGUCAUUCAGAAGUGCGAAUCUGAUGGCUUGGUCGACAUUGACCUAGGAGGUCAUACAUACACACGCCCACCGAGCGUGGUGCAAGGUUCUGCGACAGAUCAGUUUGACGUUGCACCAAAGCAAGGAUCGAAGAUGUUGUGGCGCCCAAACAAUGUGCAGCUCACUGGCCUUCGUGCAACAAACGCAGCCAGUUUCUUCGCGUGCCAUGUGUUGGAUUCAUCGCCAGGACUGGAGAAGGUGUGGCGCAUGCGUGUCCACAAGAACGAGAAGGCUCUUUGCAGUGCCAAACCAUUGUGGUUCCUGGCCAAGAAGCUCAAGGUCCCGAAGGAUCAUGUCCAACGCGUGGUGUGA